GAUGGUUUUCAAGGAUUAAAUGGAUUUAAGAGCCUUAAUGUAUCUGGACCAUGGAAAAAUGGCAACAUUAUUUUCGAAGUGGAUAUCAGUGUCAUAUUUCCAACUGAUAAACUUACAGAAAUAUUAAGGUCCAUGGAAACAAGAAUUGGCUACUCUGCCAACAUAUCUGUUGAAACAUCAGGAAUUGUGAACAUCCUUUAUCCAAAGGACAUGGUAGAUUACAACUCAACUCAAAUGUUGAACUGCACAAUUAACAAUGAAAAUUACGGCUCCUGGAAUUGGGACUUCAUUGCAGGAAAUAAUACCUACGUUCUGAAUAAUGGAACCAGCAUUACCAUCACAUCCACGGCAGCUUGUACCACAGUCCAAAUUAACAGUUUGUCAGGAAUGUGGGCAGAAGGGAUUUAUAAGUGUGGAUUUUCCAGUGGGUCCAUUGUGCAUGCAGCCACUGCAGAGCUGAAGGUAGCCCUGCUACCCGAUACGAUCUCCAUGACGAGCGACCCACUGACAGUCGAAUGCCCAAAGGAUGUUAUGGUCAAUGCAACCAUUCAAAACAGCCCUGAGAAUUACACUGUAACGUGGACAUUAAACCAAGUACCAGUUACAUCCCAAACACCAUCAGUCCAAACAGAUGGACAAAUCACCUACCGCCUAAAUUCAAAGAUAACAUGCCAACAACCAUCUACAAAUGCUAUUAUUAUCACUGUAAAUUUUAUGAACCAGAAGAACAAGAACAAGACUCAAAAUAUAAUUAUCCCAGUGAUUGAUGAUAAUGUCCAGGUUUGUCAGGAAGACUCUCCUUGGCCAAAAACUCCAAAAGGCUUCACUUUAGUAAUCCAACAAUGUGAGAUUGGGAGAGUGGGGUAUCAAGAACGGACAUGCAUUUCGCCUGAAUGGAUGAAUGAACUGGAUAGAUGUGUCAGUGAAGAAUUAAAUAAUGUUCUAAAUACAGCAGCUGCCUUUAGAGGGGGACUUGGGGUCACUCAGAAGGUUGCCCUAGCAAUCUUUUCGAGUUUGAAGAACAUCAGUAAUGACACGUCCUACUCAAAUGCUGAUUUGAGUGCAUCCAUCGGAGUGCUGGAUAUCAUGUUUGAAGCCUCAAAACAAUUCACCCUGGAUGAAUCCGUUUUAGGAGAUUUCCUCGGUGCAGCAAGUAACAUGCUGAAUGCAAAUUGGGAACAAGUCAACACAACCAUUUCCUACCAGAUGUCCUCAUUAUACCUCAAGUCUGUUGAGGGCCUAGUGGAGAAUAUCUACAUGAACAACAGCGAUGGAUAUAGCACCCAAAACCUAGAAUUCAAACUCUGCAAAAACAUCACAUGCAAUCAAACUGUGUUUGGCGUAGAGGUCAACCUGAACCAGUCUUCAGGCAUAGUGAAAACCUUAGGGGUAAAAAAUCUGUCUGACAAAUUAAAUAAUGAAAACUUCCCAGUCUCUAUAUUCCCUAGCAUUGUGGUAUCAGCCACACUGCAAAACCGCACUGACUCCAACAUAGACAUCAAAUUGGACUUUCCUAUCAACCAGCCAGUCGCUAAAGGCUCCACAAUCCAAUGUGUGUUCUGGAACACCACAUUGAAUGAAUGGUCUGAGGAUGGCUGUAUGUGGAAAGAAAUGGUCAACAACAGAAGCUACUGCGAGUGCUCCCACCUGACCUCCUUCUCAGUGCUGAUGUCCACGUCCCAGCCGAACUUGCCCUAUCUGGAUGAGAUUACUUAUGUGGGAUUGGGUGUGUCCAUCGGCUCCCUCCUCAUCUUCCUCCUCAUCGAGGCGCUGGUGUGGUCAGCCGUAGUCAAGUCCAAACUCUCCCACUUCCGCCACAUGGCCCUGGUGAACAUCUCUCUGUGCCUGUUACUGGCUGAUUGCAGUUUCUUGGCAUCCUCCUCCUCCAACAUUUUGCCAACAACCUGGUGCCUGGUUCUGACUCUGGCCAAGCAGUUCUUCUUCCAGGCUAUGUUCUGCUGGAUGCUAUGCCUCAGCAUCGUGCUACUGCACCAGCUCGUCUUUGUCUUCUACCCGUUGAGGAAGCGUUUGUACCUGUUUCUAUCCAUCGUCCUCGGCUAUGUCUGUCCUACACUGAUCGUGGCAUCUACAUUUGCGUACUACCGAAACGAACGUUACUACGAUGUGGACACCUGCUGGCUUGUUUAUACAAGUCCUCUGAAAGGUUCAAUGAACGCAUUUUUUCUGCCUGUUGGGACAAUUGUUUUGAUGAAUAUGUUCUCCAUGUACGUUGUCAUCCAGACGCUAUUCAAAUCCAGUUUCUCCAAUGGGAGUAAAGCAGAUGAAAAAGAGACCGUCAAAAGCAUCUUGAAAGUGGUUGUCUUUUUAACACCAGUCCUUGGGGUGACAUGGGGUUUGGGAUUCUUUACGCAGAUCUGGGACAGCCGUGAACCAGUGGGUGCUUUUAUGGUGUAUGCUUUCACCAUCACAAACUCCUUUCAGGGCCUCUUCAUUUUGCUUACUGGAUGUUUUGCAGAGAAAAAGGUGCGAGAUGAGGUCUGGAAAAUUAUCAUGACUGGGGCACCUCCUCCCAAAGGAAAAACUGAGAGCAUGAAAAACCUGACUAAGUCUGCUUUAAAAAAAUAAAAAAUAUCAAGGUUGGUCAAAUCUUCAUACUGGACACACUGACCUCUGACUGCCAAACAUGAUAUUUUAUUAAUUCAAUUGACACAUUAGUAAAAUGAUUCACUCUUCAAGCACUUACUCUGUUAAAUCAGGUGUGCAAUUUUGAAGCUGUAACAAAACCCUGCAACCCCUAGAAGUCUGCAGGAUUGGUGAUUGAAGAACACUGUACUCAUCAUAUGUUUUCUGCCUCAGAGAAUGAAUUGCUGUGUAUACUGGAUCAAGCUACCGUACUGCUACUGCUCUUACCAAGAAGGAAACCUCCACUUGUUUGGUUCUGUAAAAACAUUAAAGGCUGAUAUUUAGGUUGUGUGCGGACAGGUCUCACAUGAUUUACAAUCGGAUUCCAUAGUAGCAUUGAUGCGCAAAGCUAAGCAUCAAUUUCCGAUUGAGCCGACUGUAGGCUAAUUAAUGCAGCAUUUAUUGUGAAUAGCCAGUAACAACUGCAAGGCAGACUAUUGCCAGAACAACUGCAACACAGACUAUUCAGUCAAACAAUUAGAUCCUUUCCUCUUAGCAUCCUGAUCUAUCUUGAUGGCAUUUCUGUAUCUGCCACAGAGCAAGAUAUAUAUUGCUUAAUUGUAUCAUUCAGUACACCUGUAUAGAAGCAUCUGUAUUUCGUUAUGUUCCUCCACAAUUUUUUUUGUUGAUCUGUCACCCAUCUGUAUAUUUUGUUUAAUCUUUAACAUGUCAGCAAUACAAAUGUUUAACAUUCUACAAUGCAGCUCUACAUAUUGAAUCAAACCAUUAUUUUAAUUGUAGCCUUAGCUUGUAUGGCAAUUACCUAUGAUUUUUGAUAUUAAUGGAAAAGCUCAUUUGACAAUUGCUAAACACAUUUGUGUGGUUUUUGUGUCUAUUAUCUACAAACAUACCUGUAGCAGUCUCGACUUGUAAUGCAUACUUUAAUGUCUGACCCGAUUUCAUAAUGUUCAGCAAUGUAGUGGUAAAUAAAAACUUGGUUAAACUCUGAUUACAAGUUGCAUCAUUUCAUCAACUGCAUUUUUUCAUGCCCUUCAACAUUCAUAGAGUAUGAACCUAUCUCACACCAGAAGCAGCAAGGUAUUUAUCCAGGCCCUUGUCAUUUCGUUUCUGGAUUACUCCAACUCACUCCUGUAAUGACUCCCGGUGUGACUCCCGGUGUGACUCCCGGUGUGACUCCCGGUGUGACUCCCGGUGUGUGCCACCAAACACUCAUUCAGAAAGCAACGGCCCGUCUAGUGUUCAGGUACAUGUCCCCCCCCCCGCCGCAUUGCAUUCUCUACUGGCUUCCACUCAAAGCUUGUGUCCGCCACAAGGCCAUGGUUCUUGCCUACAGACCAACAAGAGAAUAUUCUUCCUUCAUGCCAUGCUCAAACCCUACAUCCCUAUCCGGGCUCUUCAUUCAGCCACCUGUGGGCUCUUGUCUGGCCCUGCCCUUCGGGGCAGUUCCUGAUACACUCAGAUAAAACUCUUCUGUCCUGGCACCUAAAUGAUGGAACCAGCUUUGAGUGGAAGCCCUUUGUAGCAUUGUUCUCAUUCAUCUGUAUCGUAAAACCUCAAAUCAUGUUUUAAAGAUUUUUUCCUAAAUAUUUCCCUAGUUUUUGAAUAUAGGCCUAAAUAAAUAUGUGUAUGUUUAUAUAUAUACACUCACCUAAAGGAUUAUUAGGAACACCUGUUCAAUUUCUCAUUAAUG